AAGGAAUAAAGCUUCUAUUGAUUACAAAAAAUCUAAAAUACUAUUUGUGAUAUUUAUGUGGCGUUUUAAUUUAACAAAAUGAGGGAAAUAAAUAUUAAUAUUGAAGGGUUUAAUGUCAACGGUAUAUGCGUUGGCUGCCUCAAUUACAAUCGCAAAAUGUUUUAUCGUGAGGAAGUAAAAGAGUGCUUCAAGCUUCUAGCAAAUAUCGAUAUUUCAGAUGGCCUUACCAUACAGGUUUGCUGGGAGUGCUUGGCGGCUGUGAAAAAUGCACUACAAUUCAGGGCACAAAUAUCCAAUGCCUUCGAUAUUCUGUUAGAUUAUUCAAAUAAGCAUACAUUCUUAGAUUCCCCGGAAGAUUUAAGCUGCUAUGCCACACAAAGAUUGGCAAUAAAGAAAAUUCCAUUAUCACCAACUGAAUCAACUGUAAAAGAAGAGACAGACAAUAAUGAUGUUAAAGAAGAAGUUGAUGAAAAAAUUAAUCCAGAAGUUACAUUCAUGGAUAAGCCACUAGUAGAGACAACCGAAGUUAAAGUUGAAAGUGAUUUUUUUGAAAACAAUGAAGGUAAUGAGUUCGGGGAUUUAUUCAAUAAUGAUGACAGAAUGUCCUCGGAUGAUGACAAACUGCUAUCUCAAAUCAAGUCAGAACCAGCCCAGAAAAAGAAAAAGAAAAUAAAAGUCAAGAAAAAAAGAAAGCAGGAGAAGGAAUUAGAAAAGAACAAACUAUCAAACAGACUGAAGAAUCUACCGUCAGACCUGGUGGAGUUGUACACAAUGACCGAGGCGGAGAUGUGGGAGGUGCGGGCGAUGGACGUGAGCAACACGCAGUUCCAGAAGUUGCGGUUCAAGUGCGAACUGUGCAUUAUGUCCUUCAACACCAAAGCUCUGCUGGACACUCAUAACAAUGGAAAACAUAGUGCAAAAUCUAAAAAUAUGUACCAGUGUGAUGUAUGCAAGUCUAACUUUCUCACCAAGGAUAAUGUCUCUGUGCACAGAAGUUUACACCUCCAGGCAUUUAAAUGUCGCGAGUGCGGUCUAAUAACCUCCAUGAAGCGAAUCAUGAUGUCUCACAACUGUAACGCCGCGGAGUGCGCGCUCGCCUUCGCCUGCAACAUGUGCGACGAGAAAUUCACUACAAAAUGGAAGCUAUCGUACCACAAGUCGUCUUACCAUCAGGAGAAUCCGCAGUGCGACUGCUGCGGGAAGGUGUUCGCCAACAAACUCACACUAAAAUACCACCUGAAACUGCUGCCUCAGAACAAAUCAGAUAAGGAGAAGGAGAAACUGUUCAUACCGUGCAAGGGCUGCGACAAGGUGUUCCACUCCAAGAAGAGUUAUAGGGCGCAUGUCGUGAUCCACGACGGGUUAUCAUACCCGUGUCCGACCUGCGGCAAGAUGUUCCAGUGGAAGCGCAACCUGGCGCGACACGUCCGCAACCACCGCGACCGCGACGCCGGCACCACGCACGCCUGUCGCGACUGCGGCAAGAGCUUCGCGUCGCGCGACUGCUACAACAACCACAUGAAGCUCAGCAAGCGCCACGUGCACGAGCAGGCUUACGCGCACACCUGUCAUUUCUGCGGUAAGAAGUUCCCGACGAAGUGGUGUAUGGUGGACCACAUAGACUGGGAGCAUCUCAAGAGGAUAAAGUAUCAGUGCAACGUCUGUUUUAAGGCGUUCAAGACAGCGAAGAUAAUGGUGGCCCACAUGCAGAACAUCCACGAGGGCCGCAACAAGCGCGACCCCGACAGCGAGCACGACCACCUGUGUGACAUCUGCGGCAAGUCGUACAAGACGGUGAAGCGGCUCAAGGGUCACGUGUGGGCGAUGCACACGCAGCGCUCGGACGCCAAGACGUACAAGUGCGCCCUCUGCCCGGCCACCUUCGCCUGGCAGACGUCCAUAUACAAGCACAUGAAGAUGAUGCACGAUAACAAACGGAAUAAGACGCCACGCGCAUUGUCAACUGCAAAGAAAGUGGAAGCAUACCCGACAGUUGAACUGACCAACCGCAUGCAGUACUUCCAACAGAAUGUCGCUACUAACGUAGUGCAGAAUAUUGUACAGAACGUACCAUCAAUACAGACAAUUAAUAUUGUCCAAAAUAUUUAAAAGUACAUGUACUUACGGCGAAACCUAAAUGCUAGUUGAAAUUAUGAGCUUUCCGAUUAAAAGAUGGUCACUGCUUAGCAAAAUAACAGGGACUAAAUACUGUUUCAUGUUUUUAUAAUUUGCUUAUUAAGAAGCGCUUACACGGGCAAUAAUUACGGCAAUAAUUGCUCGCCAACACGAAUGGAGCGAUCUGGAGCAAUUAGUGGAGCAAUAUGGACCAAUUUAUUUCGUAUUGCUCAAUGUCAUAUCGCUCAAAUAUCGAUGGCCACAUCACUCAAUAUUGUAUUGCGCAAUGCUGCUGCUGU